AUGUAAAUUAACACGUCACUCAUUUAUGCUUAAAGAGAUGCCUUAACUCCUAUUCUUAAACCAGAAAUUCGAAUUCCUUGGAAAAUAUUAUGUUAUGAUUCAUAUUGUGAAAAAAGAUUAUCAACCAUUUAUAGAGUAGGAGAUUUAAGAGAAAUGUGCAUUACACUUCAUUUUAAUCUUGAUCAAAAUAGAGAAAGAUUAUAUGGAGUCACUGCUAUCUAUUUCAUUUAACCUAUCUAACUUAGUAUAGAAAAAUUAGUAGAAGAUUUCAAUCGAGAUCUCUAUUCUGAAGUUUAUAUCAAUUUUUCAUCUCCAAUUGAAAAUAAUUUACUUGAAUUCAUGGCAAAAGAACUUAGCAAAAUUAGUGGAGCUAUCUAAAAAAUUUAAAAAGUCUAUUAACACAAUCUUGAUUUUGUUGCGCUCAAUCAUAAUUUCUUUAAUCUUGAAAAUCAAAUUGUUAAUGGAUUAUUUUCUAUUAUUUUAGCACUCAAAGUUUAACCUUUAAUAUUAUUCUAAAAAAAUUCAAAAGUUGAAUUAAUAGCUAAAGAAUUAAUCGAAAAACUUAAAAUACUUGAAUUUAAUUCUGAUUAUCCUCUCUUAGCUAUCAUUUUACCUGAUAGAGAUAUUGAUCUUAAUACUCUAAUCAUGCAUUCAAACACUUAUGGAGCAUUACUUCAUGAUACUCUUAAUAUUAAAUACAAUAAAGUUAAAUUAGAAGAUCAAGUAUAUGAUCUAUCUCCUUAAUAUGAUAAUCUAUGGCAUUAAGCAUGUAAUAUGGCUUUGCCUGAUGCCAUAGAUAAAAUUAAUACUGAAUUAAAUGAUUGGACAUCUUAAUAUUAAUAAGUUUCAUAAUAAAAUUAAGAAAUUUCUAGUGCUCUUAGUGCUAUUGAUUUAGUACCUUAAAUGAAUUAAUAAAAAAAAAUGGUUGAUUCACAUCUAAAUCUUGCCAAUCAAUUAACUUAAAUUACAAAAUAAAAAUCUCUUGAUAAAUUUUAUUAAUUAGGAUAAAGCAUUUUAUAAAAUGAUCUUUUGGCAAUCAAUGAUUAUCCAUAAUCAGAAGAUAAUCAAAUAGAAUCAUCAAAAGAAAUUGAUAAAUUAAGAUUACUUAUUCUAAUGUUAUUAAAUAAUUACAAUUAAUAAGAAUUUAAGAAAUUUGAAUAGCUAUUUUAAAUUAAGAAUGAAAAAUAUUAAAAUAUUCUUUCUAAUUUCAAAUAAAGGGUAGCUUCUAAUUAAAAUAAUAAAUAAUAAAGUGUAUAUAAAUCAUUAUUUGCUGCUAUUACAUCCAAGAUGCCCAAUUCUGGAAAAGGUCUUUUAAAAAAUUUUUAAAACUUUUUAUUAUAAAGUAUAUUUUUAAUCCAAUUUUGAUAGGAGGAAAGAAAUCUGCAAUUGUAUAAAUGUUAGAGAAUCUAUUUUUGAAUGAAUUAAAGAUCGAUGAACUAUAAUCUAUUUUAACAAUGUAUGAUUCAAGAGUCAAAAAUAUAUCUGUAUAUUUCCAUUCUAUUUUAGAGAUUAGAAUUUGGUUUAUUAUCAACAAUUAAAGGAAUAUUAGUUUGUUUUUGUGAUGGUGCAUGCUAUAAUGAAUAUGCUGAAUUAAACGAUUUUGCUAAAAGCAUCAACAAACAAAUAAUUUAUGGUGGAAACAAAAUAUAUAAUGCAGAAGAGUUUUUGCUUUAAUUUUAAUGA